UUAACUAAGCUGUGUUCUAACUGAGCCCAGUCAAUUGUGCUUGAAUGGAGUUCUCCUGGAUGGGAUGUGCAUUGACCUGGGUCACAAAUGGUUUUUAGCCUGACUGUGGAGACCACUCUGGUAAUGGUUCAAAGGAGUUGCUUAAGUGUGAGUGCAAAGUGCCAAUGGCGACAGGUUGUCCGUCAGACAGGUUAAAACCGUGCUUAUACCAGUCUCCAAAAGAAUCUCCUCCCAACAGUGUCUGUCGGCCCCCUGGGCUGGAGGUUGAGGUGCCGGAAGGGGGUUACACCGAGGAGUUUGUGGAGCCAGUUGACAACAAGUACAGGUGUGAGCAAUGCCGUCGGGUACUGUGCAAUGCCAAACAGACUGAGUGCGGACACCGGUUCUGUGAGAGCUGCAUCACUGCUCUGCUCAGGAAUCCAGGUCAGGUUUGCCCAGCUGAUCAGGAGCUCCUGUAUGGCACCGAGGUGUUCAAUGACAAUUGUUGCAGGAAGGAAAUAUUGGGGCUGAUGGUCUAUUGCAGGAACCAUAAAACUGGCUGCAAGGAGCAGAUACCACUGGGUGCGUUGGAGGGCCAUUUGAAGACUUGUUCCUUCCAGAGAGUGCCGUGCUCACGGCCAGGUUGUUCUGAGCUGGUUCUGCAGCAAGAUCUGAGGGAACAUCUGAUGUUCAAAUGUAAACAGCGGGAAGUGAAGUGUGAACACUGCCAAAAGGAAACAACUGUGGCUGAGUUGAAGACACAUGAAACCAGUGAAUGUCCAUCGUCUCUGAUCAGUUGUCCGAAAUACUGCGGGGCACAGAUUCAUCGAACUGAGCUCAAAGACCACAUAUCCGAGUGUCCUAAGGCUGAGAGGUGUUGUAAUUUUAGUAGCUAUGGAUGCACUUUCAAGGGAACCAAUCCUCGAUUAAAAGAGCAUGAGGCACAGUCCACCCAUCAACAUUUGUUGCUGGUGCUGUUAAAAAACAAGGCACUGGAGGAGAAGGUCUCGGAGCUUGAGAGUGAGAUAGCAAAAAAGCAAACGGUCUUACAAAGGUUGUCAAGUAAAAUUCAGAAAAUGGAGAAGGAAAUAUCUUCAAGAAGCCAAUCGGUCAACAAAAGUGACGUCGACAUGAACUCAUUACAGAAGAUAUUGGCCGCAAAUGCUGAGAAACUGCGUAAAGUUGAGAGUGACCUGCUGGAGAGGCACAAUUUGGAUGACAUUUUAAAGCAGGACAUCCUGUGGAUUAAAUAUAAGACAGAAAACUUGAGCAGCAGAGUUUCAAAUAUCGAAAACAGCCAAAUCUCACCCUGCCUGUACAGAGGCAGCAGUAUGCCAGCGUCGAUUGAGCAUCAAGUGGCACAGCAUGACGAAAUGCUGGGCGUCCACGAGGUCCGGCUGGCGGACAUCGACCUGCGGUUCCAGAUGUUGGAGACGGCGAGCUACAACGGGAGGCUGAUCUGGAAAAUCCAGGACUACGAACGGCGGAAGCGGGAAGCCAUCUCCGGGAAGACCCUGUCACUCUACAGCCAGCCCUUCUACACCAGCUCCUUCGGGUACAAGAUGUGCGCCCGGGUGUACCUCAACGGGGACGGAAUGGGUAAGGGCACGCACCUGUCGGUCUUCUUCGUGGUGAUGCGCGGCGAGUACGACUCGCUGCUGCCUUGGCCCUUCAGGCAGAAGGUGACCCUCACCUUGCUCGACCAAGGACUGAACAAGGGCCACGUGUCGGACACUUUCAAGCCGGACCCCAACAGCAGCAGCUUCGGAAGACCCCAGGGGGAGAUGAACGUGGCUUCCGGUUGCCCCCUGUUUGUCGCCCAGACGGUACUGGAAAACAAAAACCACCAAUACAUCAAGGACGACACCAUUUUCAUCAAGAUUACAGUGGAUGUAUCGGACCCCCUAGAACCCUGAAGCCUGUUGAUUGGUCCACCGGAAUUGUGCAAUAGUCCCAUGAUCAAGAGCUGAUUGCCUUGAGAGCAUUCAGGACUGUGUCUGACACUGUUCAACUGAGUUGAAGAUCUGGGGCCAGACAGUAAAUUAUAAAACUAUGUUAACUUCUUAUAACUGCUUAUAUUAUAUAGUAUUAUUAGUCUCUGAUAUGCUGUUGUAUUAUUAUUCAGUGACUAUUUACUCCUCUCCCAUCUUAAGAGGGAAAUAUGUC